AUGGGUAUUGUAAAAUCACUUGAUAAAAUUCAGUUUAACUUUCUCUGGGAAGGAUCUGAAUUGAGGACAAAAAUACAUCUAGUUAGUUGGAAAAAGGUAUGCUUGAGCAAGAUUCAAGGAGGGUUAGGGGUUAGGAAUCUGAGGGAGGUAAAUGAGUGCCUACUUCUAAAGUGGUGGUGGAGGUAUGGCAGGGAGGAGAAUGCUUUGUGGAAACAAGUGUUGUGCAGCAAGUAUGGAGGGUUUGGUGGCAGAUGGAGUCCGUUACUAGUGGGUUCAGUUGUGGGUAAUGGUAGAAGGAUUCGGUUUUGGAUUGAUAGAUGGUUUAGUAAUCAGAGUCUUUGUAAAGUCUUUCCCAGAUUAUUUUCAUUGUCAACUGAGAAAGGUGAGUCACUGUUGCAUUUUGUCCAAAGGAAAGGAGAGGGUCGUGACUGGAAGCUAGCUUUUAGAAGGCCUCUUUUUGCUUGGAAAGAGGAAGAAGUGUCCAAGUUGAAUGAUUUGUUGCAAAAUGCACCUACUAUAAGUGCUUUGGUGGAAGAUUCUUGUUCUUGGCUAGUGUGGAAAAUAGUGGAAUCAUCCAAUGGUCCUGCAAAAUCAAUUACACGGAACAUUUGGAGGAAUAUAGCUCUGCCCAAAGUGCAAUUCCUGAGUUGGCUAGCUUGGAGAGUGGAGACCAUGAAACAUGUGCUUCUACAUUGUCAUUCGAUAUGGAGAGUAUGGUCUGAUAUUGUUAACUGGUGGAAUUUGAGUUGGAUCAUCCCUGGUUCAGUGGAGGAACUCUUACAAUGGUGGUCAGGUUCACAUUAUGGAGUGAGGCUGUAUCUUGUGCUUCUGGAAUGGUGGUUGAGUUUGUGGCUACAUAGUCUUGCUGAUUGUUGA